AUGGGCAGAAUCAGAAUCGCUAUUGACAGAGGUGGAACCUUCACAGAUUGCAUUGGUAACCCAGGUUCAGGAAAUUCAGAAGACGAUGUUGUGAUAAAACUAUUAUCUGUGGACACCAAAAACUAUCCAGAUGCUCCAUUGGAAGGUAUCAGAAGGCUACUUGAGAUUUUUCAGAAGAAAUCCAUACCAAGGGGUGUUCCCUUAGACUUAUCCGAAGUUGAAAGUCUUAGAAUGGGUACCACACUGGCGACCAACUGCGCACUCGAACGGAAUGGCGAGAGAUGUGCAUUUAUCACUACUAAAGGGUUCAAGGACUGCCUCUUGAUUGGAGACCAAACAAGACCCAAGAUCUUUGACCUAAGCAUCAAACGUCCAGAUCCACUGUACGACCGAGUCAUUGAAGUUGACGAAAGAGUCACUCUUGAAGACUUUUCAGAGGAUCCAGAGGAAAUUAAGUCUCAGGCAAAUCCUGAAAAUGCAGUCUACGUCGGGAAAAGUGGCGAAAUUGUUAGAGUUCUACAAAAACCUGAUCUUUGCUCUCUACGAGUUUCCCUCCAGGCUGCCUAUAAUGAAGGCAUUCGUUCCAUUGGAAUUGCACUUCUACACUCUUAUACAUAUCCUGAACAUGAGGAGAUGGUGGCAGCCGUGGCCUCGGAAAUUGGUUUCACACAUAUUUCGUUGUCUUCACAGGUAUCCCCCAUGAUCAAGUACUUACCCAGGGCCAACAGCGCGAUCGCUGACGCUUACCUUACUCCCGUCAUAAGAAAGUAUCUGAAUAGCUUACAAGCCGGUCUUUCUAACACCCAAAAUUCCAGUAUCCAAUUCAUGCAGUCCGAUGGAGGUCUAGUAGAAGGAACGAAAUUUUCAGGUCUGAAAUCAAUCCUUUCAGGCCCUGCAGGUGGUGUUGUAGGCUAUUCCACGACCUGCUAUGACCAAGAGACGAAUACGCCGCUAAUUGGUUUCGACAUGGGUGGUACCUCAACAGAUGUUAGUAGAUUUGGAGACGGUAAAUUAGAUCAUGUUUUCGAAACGACAACUGCAGGGAUAGUCAUCCAGAGUCCGCAACUGGAUAUCAAUACUGUUGCUGCUGGUGGAAGUUCCAUGUUGUUUUGGGAAAAUGGCCUAUUCCGAGUUGGGCCAGAGUCUGCCACCGCAGAGCCUGGACCAGCGGCGUACCGUAAGGGUGGACCUUUGACGGUAACAGAUGCCAACCUAAUACUGGGCCGUCUGGUUCCAGAAAUGUUCCCAAAGAUUUUUGGACCCAAUGAAGACGAGUCUUUAGACCUGGAAAUUACGAAGAAGAAAUUCGAAGAAUUAACAAGAACCAUCAACAGUGAUCUUAACACCAGUUAUUCAGUCGAUGAGGUUGCUUAUGGAUUUAUCAAAGUUGCUAAUGAGUCUAUGGCUCGACCAAUCAGAGCUUUAACUGAGGCCAAGGGCCAUGUUAUCUCCGAACAUCAGCUUGUCACCUUUGGGGGAGCUGGAGGCCAGCACGCUGUUGCUGUGGCAGAAUCCUUAGGCAUUGAUACUGUCAUCGCACAUCGUUAUUCUUCGAUUUUGUCAGCUUACGGAAUGUUCCUUGCUGACGUUGUUGAGGAGAAACAGGAACCCUGCUCAUAUAUCUUGGAAUAUCCGAAUACUCAAGCGCAAGUCGCAACCAAACUAGACCGCCUGAUAAGUGAAGUUACUCAUAAUUUGAAAAGGCAAGGAUUUUCUAAAAGUGACUUGGUAUUCGAAAAGUAUCUGAACUUAAGGUACAAUGGUACGGAAACAAGCUUAAUGGUUAUGCAAAACGAGCAAAACUGGAAUUUCCGUGAGGAUUUCGCUACUUUACACAAACGGGAGUUCGGGUUUGUUUUUCAUGACAGAUCUGUCAUCAUCGAUGACAUUCGCAUAAGAGCUGUGGCAAAGUCGCCAGUGCGGGCAACAAAAUCGAUCACGAAGGAGCUGGAAUCUUCUAAGGUUGCCGCUAUAGACACUGAAAAAGAAGUCUCAUUCUAUAAAGACGUGUUUUUUGAUGUCAAAAGGGUGAAAACUCCUGUAUACCGCAUCGAUAAUAUGUCAAGCGGCACAUUAAUUGAAGGCCCGUGUAUUUUGGCAGAUGGAACCCAAACCAAUAUUAUUCCCAGUAAUGCAUCUGCAGUUAUUCUCGGUUCCCAUAUUGUGAUAAGUAUAACUUCAAAGACGAAGGCCGACGACAAACCGACCGAGGCGAGGAUCGACCCGGUGUUGCUAUCUAUAUUCAGUCACAGAUUCAUGGAUAUUGCUGAACAAAUGGGUACGCAAUUGAGAAAGACAUCUGUGUCAACUAAUGUCAAAGAGCGACUUGAUUUUUCGUGUGCGCUGUUCGAUCCGGAUGGGAAUCUUGUUGCAAAUGCGCCCCAUGUGCCUGUGCACCUCGGUUCAAUGUCUACCUGCAUUUCUGCACAAGCAAAAUUGUGGAAACACAAGCUAAAGCGAGGUGAUGUGCUCGUAACCAACCAUCCUGAAAUGGGAGGUACGCACCUUCCGGACAUCACUGUAAUCACUCCUGCCUUUUCUGAAACUGAAGACAGAAUAAUAUUUUAUGUCGCUUCUAGAGCGCAUCAUGCGGACAUUGGUGGAAUUUUGCCGGGCUCAGUCCCUCCAAGCUCUAGAGAGUUGUUCGAAGAAGGUGCUGCCAUCUAUUCAGAACUUCUUGUGAAAGAAGGACACUUUGACGAGCAGUUGGUACUGAAAUUAUUGGUAGAGGAACCCUCCAAAUACCCUGGCUGUUCCGGCUCUCGGAAAAUAAGCGACAAUAUCAGCGAUUUAAAAGCUCAGGUAGCUGCCAACACUAAAGGCAUUCAGUUGAUUGCCAAACUAAUGAAUGAUUUUGGAAUUGACGUUAUAGUCAGAUACAUGCAUGCAAUUCAAGAAAAUGCGUCUGCAACAGUCAAAUACGCUCUUAAGCGGCUAAGUGAGCAUUUCAAAGCAACUGAAUUCCAAGGAGAAGACUAUAUGGACGACGGUACUUUGAUUAAAUUGAAAGUCACUCUCGAUGUGGAGAAAGAAGAGUAUAUUUUUGAUUUUGCUGGGACUUCACCUCAGGUAUAUGGUAAUCUGAAUGCACCAGAAGCCAUAACGAACUCCGCAAUUCUUUACUGCUUACGCUGCUUGGUAAACAAAGACAUACCUUUAAAUCAAGGAUGUCUCAAGCCAGUGACAGUGAAAAUACCAAAAGGCUCUAUCUUGAGCCCCACAAAAGGCGUGGCAGUCGUCGGAGGCAAUGUUUUGACAUCUCAGAGGGUCACUGAUGUGGUUCUGAAGACCUUCAACAUCAUGGCGGACUCCCAAGGUGACUGCAACAACUUCACAUUUGGAACAGGCGGUAAAAACUCUAACGGCGAUGUAUCCAAGGGAUUUGGUUAUUAUGAAACGAUUUGUGGAGGCCAUGGAGCUGGGGCUGAUUCUUGGAGAGGUCCCGGCUGGAACGGAGCACAUGCUGUUCACACCAACAUGACAAAUACGAGAAUGACAGACGUCGAAAUUCUCGAAAGAAGAUACCCUGUGAUUCUGCAUGAGUUUUCCGUGAGAUACGGCUCAGGUGGUAGAGGAAAGUACGAUGGAGGCAACGGGGUUGUUCGUGACAUCAUAUUCCGUAAAACCGUCCAGGCGUCAAUUUUGUCAGAGAGACGAGUUAUCGCUCCACAUGGAUUGAAUGGUGGCCAGGACGGUGCAAGAGGUAUGAAUUUAUGGAUCCGUAAGGAUUCAGGAAGUGUUACUAAUAUUGGCGCCAAGAGCACAAUCACGGUACAACCUGGCGACAGAGUUAUUAUUAAGACACCAGGUGGUGGCGGAUGGGGCAAAGCUGGUUGA